AUGCCGAGGGGUAUGUGUGUGUCACUUUAAGAACUUGAAUGGAAAGUAAAAGAAGGGUUUGUAAACAUACUGGAGAAUCAAAAGUGAAAGAAAAGUGAUCCUAUGUGUCGAAAUAGCUUCACCUGUAUAUUUGGCUAUACAGUACUUCCAACAGGUUCGUAUAACGUUUAGAAUGUAUUUGACUGUGUAUUUGGCAUUGUCAAUUGGUUAUUUUAUUAGGAUAUGAUUACGUGAUAUAUUUGGUCCGCCAUAAGGCUACCUUUUGCCCUUGGACUAAAGAAAUAUAACUUCCACAGAUACCGACUCAUUUGCAUUGACUAUGGAACUACAAGAGAUCACUUUUUCUGGCUGGACUGCGAUUCAGGAGAAGAAGCUCCAUGAAGGCGAGAAUCCCAAACAAGAGAACGUUUACACCAUGUACCAUGGCACGUAUCUCAAGUUUGCCCAGAGUAUCAUCACCGGUGGGUUCCAGCGCUCCAGCGGUGGAAUGUUGGGACCGGGGGUCUACGUGAGCCGCAAUAUCGAUAAGGCAAAGUGUUACCCGCUGAAUGCUGACAAAAAGGACGCGAUAGUGUUAAAGUUAAAGGUGCGGGUUGGCAAGGUGAAGAAGAUCGACAUUGAUAACCAUCCGCUUCAGAAGACAUGGCACCAGAACGGUUACGACAGUUGCUGGGUGCCACCAAACUGUGGCAUGACCGCUAUUAAAUCUGGCCGUGAAGAGGAUUGCGUCUGGGAUCCGGCCCGGAUUGUGGUGGUGGAUGUGGCCUGCUGUCUGGACGAUAAAACGCGCUGGGACCUCCGAAAGCAAAUACGCGGAAUGAAGAGCCAUGGCGCAAAGAACGGGUGCAGCCAGUGCCACGAGAAUACCUCAACCACUGCGUCUCACCCUAUCCAAAGAUGCUGGGCCUGCAUCGAACAGAUUUGCCCCUUUCAGAAUAAGCAUGUGUGCAAACAACUUACACACAACUAGUCCUACUUUGCGUGGCCUGUCUCGCUUUUUGACAUAUCACCCAAAAUCUGGCCCAUCACCUUGUAUUCCAUAUCAAAUUAAGCUUGUUUUAACGUGUUGUCGAUGUCAUAAAAUGUGUUCUUGUAUUUUUUGUAACCAUUGCAGCCUAAUCGUAUUGGGAUCCCAUUGAUUAGACAAAUGAAGCAAUAUAUAGGGCCAACAUGGAAUAAAAUACUUUACAUAAUUUGACAUAAAGAGUUUACA